AUGUACCCUCACCUCCCUACCGGCGAGUACCGACUACUGCUAUACCCGCUCCCCCCUGAAGCUCAAGGUGGCUCCUACAUCUUCACAUUGGGCUCCGACCAGCAGCUGAGGCACAUAGGAUUCCCUGAGGCCAAGGAACUGCUACUGAGAUUCUCCACCGUGUCUAUCCUGUUCCGCGGUAACCUGCAUUGGUGCAUACGCAAUCUGAUGAUGGCAUUUGACACCACCGCUGAGUCGUUCCGGCAGGUGCGCUCUCCGGUUGGUCCUGGCUACUCUAACCUGAUUGAGAUGGGUGACAUGCUUGGCAUCUCCAGUCUUAGUGACGCAGCAGCAAGCGUUAAUAUCUGGGUGUUGCAAGACUAUGAAGCCGAGGUCUGGACCUUCAAAUACCGGGUUGAGUUUCCGGUCGCAGAGACCAGGGAGCAAUUUGGAAAGUCUGUCCAUUUUCGGAAUGUGGUGGCCGUGCCUUGGGAUGGCGAUGUGCUCUUACUCAUCAAAUUUGAUGACUGUCUGCUUCAGGUUGACAUUCAUGGCAAGAUGGUUUCCAGUUUCCGUCGCAGAGGCCUUGGUCCUACAAAUCUUCAGAUCAAGCAAACUCUUGUUCAACAUGCCUUCUUUCCGACACUAGAGGGUUAUGUUGUGAACUCUUCGCCUUUGGUCUGA